AUGAAACGCACCCGAUCUGAACCCAUAUUGACAUCACUUCUUGUGUCAAAUGACAUGAGAGGCGAGAAAUGGCCAAAAAAACAAGACUUCUUGAGCUGUCUCUCGGGCUCUCACUACAUUUUUGACACCGAAAUGACAACUAAUAAUAAUUCACUGAUCGAUGACUUCGAGACCGCAUUUCAGUCGUGUUUGUCUUCGUUGACAAACCCAUCGACGGUUCACAUCCACGACUCGGAUGAAGUGAAGACUAGUGUCGAGCAAACUUCAUUGAUCAAUGAGACGGUUGCCAACAGCGAUGGCAGCCAUCCAUUGCAAAGACAGACAUCGCUGAACCAAUCCAUGACAGGACCGCAGACACCGCUUGGGGCGCAACAACCGCCACAAUCUCAGCCCCCACUCAGACAUACCAUUCAAAGUGGAACCGCUGGAAAUGGACCGCAUUUAAUGAGACCAUCGAUGGGUCCGCAAAUGUCUGGACCGAUGACUCCGCCACAGAUGAUGGCUUCGGGUCAGAUGUCAGGACCGGUGGGAAUGCUUCCGCCGCCACCGCCACAAACAGCUAUGACAGGCGGUCAGCAGACAAAUAUGGGACCAAUGAUGGGUCAGAUGCAGACACAACAAAGUGGUCAACCAAUGGGACAACAAUUUAUGCCACAACAGCAACAACAACAACAGCCACACCCCGUAGGACUUCAGGGACCGUUGGCUUACUUGGAGAGAACGACAUCCAACAUAGGAUUACCCGAUUCCAGACGUUAA